AUGGAGGGUGUUUGGCGAUCGGAUGCGCCAGUGACCAUCUUCCUGGACAGCCACAUCGAGGCCACACGUGGUUGGAUCGAGCCCAUACUAGCUCGCAUCGCAGAGGAGCGUUCUGUCUGGCAGAGGCAUGCAUUUAACUUCCUCCGGCUGGACCACCAGGACAAGCGGCAUGUGGUCGUUCCCAGCAUCGACACCCUCGGCGCUGAGGCGGGCUAG